CGGUGGCUGGGAGUGGAACCGGAAGAGUCGGAUCUCCUCUGGAGGCUGUGUGCCAGUCUCAGGCCCGGCGCAGUGGACUUGCAGUCGCUUCUGCUGGCGACAUGGAUCGGGCAGGACAGGGAGACUCAGAGUCUCAGCGCCAAGAAGAGGGAACUGAGAGGUCAGAGAGGCUCUCACCACCACUCAGCAGCAGCAACAACAGCAAGGGAGGAAGGCCGGCUGGCGAAAUGGCCUUGACAGCAGCUGCAGCUACAUUCCCAGGGUUCGCAUCAACAUCUCACCACUCCGAGGAUCGUCAUGACGGUACCAGCAACGGGACAGCUCGAUUACCCCAGCUGGGGUCAGUGGGUCAGUCUCCCUACACAAGCGCACCUCCACUGUCUCAUACUCCAAAUGCUGACUUUCAGCCUCCUUACUUCCCACCUCCAUAUCAACCCAUCUAUCCGCAAUCACAGGACCCUUAUGCUCACGUUAACGACCCAUAUUCACUGAACUCGUUGCACACCCAGCCACAGCCUCAGCAUCCUGGCUGGCCCGGACAGCGUCAGAGCCAAGAAGCAAGCCUUCUUCAUCCGCACCGCAGCCUGCAUCACCAGCUCUCUGGUUUGGACCCUCGCAGAGAUUACCGGCGGGCAGAAGAACUCUUGCAUGGGGCCCAUGGACUAAGCGCAGGGCUUGGGGAUACACUACCUAUCCACGGAAUAACUCAUGCAAUUGAAGACGUCCAGCAUGUUGAAGACCCAGGCCUUAAUAUCCCCGACCAGACUGUAAUUAAGAAAGGGCCGGUGUCAUUAUCUAAAUCCAGCAACAGCGGCUUGCCGACUAUUCCCAUUAAUAAGGAUGGUCUUUUCGGAGGAGUGGUGAACCCAAACGAGGUAUUCUGUUCAGUUCCGGGUCGCUUAUCCCUACUCAGCUCCACAUCAAAGUACAAGGUCACAGUGGCGGAAGUACAAAGGCGGCUUUCCCCUCCUGAGUGCCUCAACGCCUCUCUUCUUGGAGGGGUACUAAGGAGGGCGAAAUCUAAAAACGGUGGGCGAUCGUUAAGAGAAAAGUUAGACAAAAUUGGAUUAAAUUUACCAGCAGGAAGGCGGAAGGCUGCCAAUGUCACGCUGUUGACGUCACUGGUAGAAGGAGAAGCAGUUCACCUUGCCAGAGAUUUCGGUUAUGUGUGCGAGACAGAAUUUCCAGCCAAAGCAGUAGCAGAAUAUAUGAACAGACAACAUUCUGAUCCAAAUGAGCAAGUCACAAGAAAAAAUAUGCUUCUUGCAACAAAGCAAAUCUGUAAAGAGUUUACUGAUCUACUGGCUCAGGACCGUUCUCCACUUGGAAAUUCACGGCCGACCCCAAUUCUUGAACCUGGUAUCCAGAGUUGUCUUACACACUUCAACCUCAUUUCACAUGGUUUUGGCACUCACGCUGUAUGUGCUGCCAUCACAGCUCUACAAAAUUAUCUCAAUGAGGCCUUGAAGGCAAUGGACAAAAUGUACCUUAACAACCCGAGUAAUCACACAGAGAACAGCAACAAAGGUGCAGACAAGGAUGAAAAACACAGAAACUUUGGAACAUUCCAGUCUGGAGCAGGAGAUGGGGCCGUCAAGAAAGUUCUGUCCAAUUUUGUGAACUUUUUUUAUGAGCAAGAGUUUCACCGGACUGAAGCAAGACUUCCCCUUAUAUAACUCCAAAUAAAGAUUGUUGCCAUACAAAGAAGUUGACCAUGAUCAUGAGCUAAUACUGGGCAAUAAAUUACCAACUACAUGCUGCAACCGUACAACUAACAGCAAACAAAAACAAAGACACAUUGUAGAGUUGCUAGUAUCAGUAUAUUGCAACUCUGGUUCAAGAAUUACUAGAUGUGGAGUCCUGCAUAUGUGUUUAUUUAAUUUUUGAUUGAUCAAUUAGUCUCACUGGGCUCAUAAAGGAACCAUUAUUAAAAAAAUGAAGUUUUGUUUCAUGGUUUAGCACUGCAGAGUUCUGCUCAUAAAAUCAGCAAUAAAUAUUUUACUUUAUUUAUUUACUUAUGUCUUUUUUGUCAGUGUUGCUCCCAGUAGGCUUGUGGUCUAUUUUCAGGGAAGACCAAAGGAGGUAUUUAAUUUUGACUAGGGCAAAUUUGGCUAGGGCAGCAGGGAAAUUCCCAAAACUAAUAAAACAAAAAGCACUGGAAACACAAAAAACUUGAAAAUCAAGAAAAUGGCACUAGGUAAAAUUGCCGAACCACAUUUAAUAAUCAACUAAAUUAAGUGCUUUCAUCUUGGUACAACGACUUCCUGAUUAUAACAAACACACCAACAAUCCCUUCUUUUAUACAAAUACAUCAACACUAGCAACCAAUUAACAUCAUUUUAUUAAAUAGUAAAAAACUUUGAAUUAUAUUUACUGAUGUUGACUGUAAUAGAAAAAUAUAAUAAUCAUACUAAAAUUAACAAUAAACAUUCUCAUUUAAAGCACCACCAAGAAAUCUUUACAUAAAAUAAGCAACUUUCAGCCUAAGCACACUGCUUAAUGACACCUAUUCAACUAUUCAUUUAGUCCAGGGGGUUCAGAGGCAUUAGUAUUGAUCUGCCACUUAAGGUCCCCCCCAGGACCCCAAGUCCACAUGGUCAACAACAAAAAAUUUAAAAUAUUACCCCAGAAAAUUUUUAUGUUUGUAUAACACAUUAGUUUCAGCUUUUGUCUUUAUAUCAUAUACAUGUUGGUAUACUCUAUUCCUCAAAGCUUUUUUAAUUUCUCCUACAUAAAAGCUUUCACAUAAUUGUCAUAAAAUGCAGACUACACCUUUUGUAAAACAAUAGUAUUUAUACAUAGGUUUUAUCAUACCAAAACCUUUUAUACAGAUGCAGUCAGCUUUCAAAAUGUAUUUACAUUGAGCACAGUGCCCACAUUUUUCAUAGCAUCCCUCUUCAACUUAGAACUUGACCACUCAAGCAGCAUUUUAAUGCUCACAUCCUUCCUACAUACAUUUCUAGGUUCAUUUCCGACUAUAGCAAGAUGUUCAUGAUCUACAUGAAAAACAGUCCAGUUUCUAUAUAUAAUAUCCUUAAUGUCAAAAUAGUGUAAGUUAAAUGGGAGAAUCAAGGCUCUCUGGAACCCACUGUCUGUACAUUGGUGGACCUGACCACUAGUACUUAACCUCUUCCCUAAUAACGGUAUAAAAACCCAUUUGUCUUUUUAUUUUCACCUCAUUCAUGAUGUCCUAGACAAAAGGCUCAGGGUAUCCCCUCUGUACAAACAUCUGUAAAAGCUUCAAACAUUCUUCCUGAAACAUAAACUCCUCAGAUAUCAUCCCAGCCAACCUUGCAUAUUGUCCUUUGACUAAUGAUUUUUUCUGAUAUAGCUGACGCCAGCUGGCAUAAUGUAAUGAAUUCAAAUCAGUUGGCUUCCUAUGUAGGGAUGACUGAAACUGUCUAGUACUAUAUUUCUUAAAAAUAGUAACAUCCUAAUAGUUGAUCCUGUCCAUAUUAACUAUCAUAGUAAAUUUCAGAAACUGGGUAGUCAAAUUCAAAUAGUUAUAAAAAUCUGUCAGCAUGUCUAGGUCAUCUUUCCAAAAUACUACAAUAUCAUCAAGGUAAUGUCCAUAUAAAGCCCAACAAUCCCAGUAUUGGAAACUAAGGACAAAAAGAGCUUCCCAUUGGGCUAACACAAUAUUAGCAAACAUGGGGACACAAACAGCCCCAAUAGCAACACUCUUAACUUGUUUAAAAAUGUGAUUCUCAAAAAUCAAAAAGUUGUUUUCAAGAACUAGUGCUAUAAGUAUCCUGAUGGCAAGUAUACUUGUAUAUCAAGCUCUGAAUUACCACAUAGGAAAUUAUAAAACCAUUCUAGCCCCUGUUGAUAAGGAAUCACUGAAAAUAUGUCACAGGCAUCAACUGUGACCAUAAUUAAAUCAUCACUGCAUACCUCUUUGGGCACCUUAGAUAAAAAGUCCCAAGAAUCUCGGUAUUAGUAGGGACAUCAGUCUAAAACACCAUUUAUCUUAUGAUUUACAAACUUAGCAAUAGGAAAUGACUUUGAUGACUUGGCACCCACAGUGGCAUGUAGGAGGGGAUUUUACACACUUUUAUGUAUUUUUGGGAUUCCGAAGAUGGUAGGGAUACAAGGGUGGGGUACUUUAAGGAAGUCAUGCUCCUCGACAGAAAUUUGUCCAUUUAACAACAGUUUUUUCAACAUUAAAUCAAUGUUACGAUAAGCAAUAUUUAACUCUUUUAUUGAAACUUCCUCAUACAUAGUGUACAGGAUAGAAAACACCCUGUUGAUGUAAGCAUUAGAGUCGAUAACAAUAAUGACCCCACCCCUGUCUGGUUUCAUUACUCUGAUUCCCUUAUCCAAACUGAUGUUACCAAGUAGUUGGGCCUCCCUAGUAGAUAAGUUCACACCCCUCUCACAACCAUGUUCCUUCCUGAGUAACAACCUUAAGUCAAAUUCACAUAUAUUUUAAAUAUGUUAAUAAUGGGCUCAAUAGGAGGGUAAAUACACUAGAUCUUUUUAAGUUCAGACAAGUGUGGGCAGUACAUAGAUCUGAAAAUCCCUUAAAAAAAAAAUCCAAAAUGUAAUUUCCUUACAAAAUGUUUUAAAUGUAUAAUAGUUUCCUCUGUGUUCACUUUCUGGGUACGGAUAACGUUCAGGCCCUUUUCAAGUAAAUUCACCCAUUCAGUAGUGAUACACGCCUGACUGAAAUAAUAGAUCUUGAAAUCUCCCUUAGAGUUGUAAAUAAUUGUACACACCCCCUCGAUAUGUUCAGCCGUAUCUAAUUGAACCUCCUUCUCCCUCUCCCCGCCCCUUCUCCAUCUGCUAGGAUGGGUAAUGGUAGGGUGCAUGACUCAUAUCCUACAAUGCUCCUGACCUUUGAUUCAUUAACCUCUCCAAUCUUGUCAGAGGGGGAGCAACUAAAGGGUCAGAGUCCAUAACAGGAUUCUCACCAUUCUCAUCAUUAUUGCUGACAACAUGCCCUUCACAAUAAUCACCAUUUUGCCUCUGUUGCUGUUGGCCCUCCGGUGGAGCAGGAUUAGCCCGCCCAUUAUUAUUGUCCCUUUUAUCCCUCAGUAACUUCUUUUCUUCUUUGAUUUUAAGUUCAACAAUAUUCUUGUCCACAUAGUUAACUGCAGCCUUAUAUUCAUUAUUCUUACUAUCAAACAAUAAGUCCAUGUGUAUAGUGUUAUCAGUUCUACUAAUCUCUGCAUUUACAUUUUACAUUUUGCUAUCAUUGUCCUUAAUUAAAACAUUCCAACAACUUGCAGCCAUGUUUAUUAAAUAGCACCAGUAACUCAGGAUAUAAAGAUGAAUCUUUCAGUAGACCGGUCAGGUACAUUCACGUACAAAGCCCUUUUGAUACAUACUCACGCCUCAAACAUUCUUUGAGAUAACAGUUUUCCAACUGUAAUAUUUUGUACUUAAAAACAAGGUCACGGAAAGCUUUAAUUUGUUGGUCCAGUGUUCUGAAACUAUUAACUUCAGCAGUCGCUUCAGUCUUCCAUUGCUGUCCUUCCUUUAAACAGUCUCUAAAGGAGAAAUGAGCUGAAAAGUCAUCAGACCCUCCACGAACCUUCCAAUUGGAGGAACCUACUGCUUCACUGUAAGAAUUAAAGGGACCUGAUGUAGAAUUCGCAGGCAGAUUUUCCCUUUGUGCAGGAAUAAUGAAUGAAAUAUUAGUCCCUUGAGAAUUGCAUGAUCCACUGUGUAAAUCAAUGGAAACAUUACUUCUCCCAUUCUGAUUAUAUAAAAUGGCCACUUUUUGUGAAAGCUCAUUCACCAACAUGGUAAGAGUUCCAGUUGAGGCUACAACAUCCUGAUAGCCUGAAUGUGGAAGACAAUCACUCCCCUUGUCUCCUUCCAUAUGACAGACUAAGAAAACAAAAAGCAAUGGAAACAAAAAAAUUGAAACAUAAGAAAAUGGGACUAGGUAAAAUUGCCGAACCACGUUUAAUAAUCAACUAAAUUAAGCACUUCCAUCCUGGUAAAACAGACUUCCUGAGAAUAACAAACACACCAACAUCCCUUCUUUUAUACAAAUACAUCAACACUAGUAACCAACUGAUCAAUUAACAUAUUUUUUAAAUGAUAAAAAACUUUGCAUUAUAUCUACUAAUGUAGACUACAACAGAAAAAUUAAAAUAAUCAUACUAAAAUUAGCAAUAAACUUUCUUAUUUAAAGCACCACCAAGAAAUCUUUACAUAAAAUAAUCAGCUUUCAGCCUAAGCACACUGCUUAAUGACACCCGUUCAUUUAGUCCAGGGGGUUCAGAGGCAUUAGUACUGAUAUGACACUUUAGCUCUUUGUAUUCCAUAUAGUCAUCAGUAGGUACCCCCCAGACCCCAAGUCCACAUGGUCAACAACAAAAAAUUUAAAAUAAUACUGCAGAAAUUUUUUUAUAUGUUUGUAUAACACAUUAGUUUCAGCUUUUGUCUUUAUAUCAUAUACAUGUUGGUAUACUCUGUUCUUCAAAGCUUUUUUAGUUUUUCCUACAUAAAAACUUUCAAAUAAUUGUCAUAAAGCAAUGUAGACUACACCUUUUAUAAAACAAUAGUAUUUAUACAUAGAUUUUAUCAUACCAAAACCAUUUACACAGAUGCAGUCAGCUUCCAAAAUGUAUUUACAUUGAGCACAGUGCCCGCAUUUUUCAUAGCAUCCCUCUUCAACUUAGAACGUGACCUCUCAAGCAGCAUUUUAAUGCUCACAUCCUUCCUACAUACAUUUCUAGGUUCAUUUCUGACUAUAGCAAGAUGUUCAUGAUCUACAUGAAAAACAGUCCAGUUUCUAUAUAUAAUAUCCUUAAUGUCAAAAUAGUGUAAGUUAAAUGGGAGAAUCAAGGCUCUCUGGAACCCACUGUCUGCACAUUGGUGGACCUGACCACUAGUACUUAAUCUCUUCCCAUUUGUCUUUUUAUUUUCACCUCAUUCAUGAUGUCCUAGACAAAAGGCUCAGGGUAUCCCCUCUGUACAAACAUAUGUAAAAGCUUCAAACAUUCUUCCUGAAACAUCAACUGAGAUAUCAUCCUAGCCAGCCUUACAUAUUGUCCUUUGACUAAUGAUUUUUUCAGACAUAGCUGAUGCCAGGUAGCAUAAUGUAAUAAAUAAUUCAAAUAGGCUGGCUUCCUGUAUAGGGAUGACUGAAACUGUCUAGUACUAUAUUUCUUAAAAAUAGUAACAUCCAAAUAGUUGACCCUGCUCAUAUUCACCAUCAUAGUAUAUUUCAGAAACUGGGUAGUCGAAUUCAAAUAGUUAUAAAAAUCAGUCAGCUUGUCUAGAUUAUCCUUCCAAAAUACUGCAGUAUCAUCAAGGUAAUGUCCAUAUAAAGCUCAACGAUCCCAAUAUUGGGAUCUAAGGACAAAAAGAGCUUACCAUUGAGCUAACAUAAUAUUAGCAAAUAUGGGGACACAAACAGCCCUCAUAGCAACACCCUUAACCUGUUUAGAAAUUUGAUUCUCAAAAAUCAAAAAGUUGUUGUCAAGAACUAGCACCAUAAGUGUCCUGAUGGUAAGUAUACUUGCAUGAUCUAACUCUGAAUUACCACAUAGGAAAUCAUAAAACCAUUCUAGCCCCUGUUGAUGAGGAAUCACUGAAAAUAAGUCACAAACAUCGUGUGACCAUAAUUAAAUCAUCAUUGUACUCCUCCGUGGACAUGUCAUUUUAGAAUGGCUUCACCUUUCUACGUCCUGAGUCUACCUCUGAGUUGUUGUACAGUGAUACUAUUUUACAAAAAAAAAAAAAAAAUAAA